CCUGACACUAUGCCGAUGGCAAUGGAGUCGUCAACCAUCAGUGGAAUGAACAUGGCUUCAAUGUCGAUGGAUACAGCAUCGAUGCCUGCGAUGACAACGGAAGCUAUGUCCAUGAGCAUGCGGAAAAGGUCAGAUAACACUGCAAGCCCGUCAACGGGCACUGCCAUGUCUGAUAUGAGUGCCAUUUCUUCGACAAUGACUUCUAUGGCGAUAAUGGGAUCAUCUACGGCGUCGGUGGGCACAGAGGACCGAACCAUGAGUACCAUGGCAGACAUGCCGCAAAUGGCUUUGGGCCCACGCGGUUGCAGCCCACCCAUGAUGUUUAGGCCAGGCUUCAAUGCGAGUUCACUUCCACUCGAAACUUGCACGAAUACUACAUCGGAUUUCUUCACCUUCACCGCGGACGCAUCUCGUGGCUGGACCGCUCUACAUCUCGUCAAUGCUGGAGCUGUCAGCAGACUCAGCGUCUCGUUGGACGGUCAUUCCAUGUUCGUGUAUGAAGCGGAUGGACUCUAUGUGACUCCUCAAGAAGUUCAGGUUCUGCACAUCUCUAUUGGCCAGCGGUAUUCCGUCAUGAUACGGCUUGAUCAAAAUCCCGGAGACUAUUCUUUUAGAUUUGCAGCUUAUCCCUAUGGUGACAUGCAGCAAGUCAUCGAAGGGCAAGCGAUACUGUCAUACCAGAAUAUGACCAACAAUACUAACAUGACUAUGAUGAGUGACCUGGUCUCGCCGUGGAUGCUCGUCAACGGAUCCGCCACAUCAGGGACUGUCGAGCUUGACGACCAGACACUUGCUCCAUUCACGGGCAACACCGCGCCAUCAGGGGCGGCCACCGUUACUCGACAUUUCGCAAUCAACCAAACAGGCAUCGUGACUUGGGUGGCUAACAGGGAACCAUUCGCAGAGCCUGCUCGGCCUAUUAUCUAUGGGAGCGUCUCUGACGGCUGGAAUGCAGCCACUACACUUUUUACCCCUGCCAACGCUACCGUUGAUAUUAUUAUGAAGGUCGCGAAUGAUUCGAUGGACACGGUAAGUUCGCCAAUCCGUUUGAGUCAACGUCAUAGCAAGUUCUGGCUCACGAGAUAUCAUUUGCAGAUGGGCCAUCCGAUGCACCUACACGGCCACAAAUUCUGGUUCCUCGGGGCCGGCGAAGGCGACUUUCCGUUCGAAUCUGUUACUGAUGCACCCUCGUCGAUGAUCAAUCUCCAGAAUCCGCCAUAUCGCGAUACCAUCGAUUUGCCGCCUUCGGGCUGGGCAGUUAUCAGGUACAUCACCGACAAUCCGGGGGCAUGGUUGUUUCAUUGCCAUGUGCAAUGGCAUCUUGUGGUAAGUCUUAUUUCACCGACCGGUAGACACUCUCCUGAAUUGAUCAACAGAGCGGCAUGGCUGUGGUGCUUGUUGAGAACGAGGAACGAAUGAUGGAUAUGGUAGGAUCUAUCCAGAAUGCGUUCAACAAUCCAGCAACGAAGAAUUCGCAGGCGGAAGGGACUUCUGCAGCCAGCACCCUAUCUGGUAAUUGUCCUCGCCAAUAUCUUAGCUUUCUAUUCUCGCUGCUGUUGCUCUUCGUUCUAUUGUAAAGGGACCAGGCGGAUGGCAUCAAUCAUUCAGCAUGAACGCAUCUCCAUUGCAUUCGAUCCAGAAGCUUUACGGAGGAUUCAAAGAGAUCUGUCGGCGAAGCGCCCAAUAAAGUUCUAUUCGAAGGGGAUCGUACGUCCGCUGGAUAAAUAGUAAUGCAGGCGACUAUAGAGAUAGAGCACUUACUGUAAAGCACUUUUUGGUGUUGAGGAAACAGUCCGAUGACCUUUAAUUUUAAAUUGAAGUCUAGAAUGAAUGCCUUUGUUCAACCUC